GGGCAUGUUGUCCAAUGAGGACGCAGGAAACCCCAGUUGGGUGGGCCCUGGCGCAUGCGUGAGAAAGAGGCGCGGGCUUCAAAAAGAUGGCCUCUCGCUCGCGGCGCAGGCGCUCGGUCCUCAGGACGCAGCCCGGCAGUGAUUCUUGUGACACACCCAUUUCUUUGACUUCUUCCAUGGAGUGGGACACUCAGGUGGUGGACGGGUCCUCCCCUCUCGGGCCCUCCCGGUCUGGAGUGAAGGCCUCACUUGUUGACCUGCGGCUGCCUGCGUGGUUGGAACCGGAGAGGUGUGCCGUGUUCCAUUGCGCGGGUUGCCACGCGGUGCUCGCCGACACCGUGCACCUCGCCUGGGACCUGUCGAGGUCCCUCGGGGCUGUGGCCUUCUCCAGAGUCACAAACAAUGUCGUUUUGUUAGAGCCCUUUCUGGUUGGCAUUGAAGGUGCUCUCAAAUGCAGCACGUACAACCUUCUGUUCUGCGGUUCCUGUGGGACUCCUGUCGGGUUCCAUCUGUAUUCCACCCACGCUGCCCUGGCUGCCUUGAGAGGCCACUUCUGCCUUUCCUGUGAUAAGAUGGUGUGCUAUCACCUAAAAACAAAAGCCAUAGUAAAUGCGUCUGAGAUGGAUAUUCACAAUGUACCUCUACCAGAAAAGAUCGCAGAGCUGAAAGAGAAGAUAAUGCUCAUGCAUGCUCAGUUAACUUCACUGAUGAAGACGCUAAAGGAAGCAACCCCUGAUCAGUCUAACUAG